AUCAGGGAGUCGUCAAAUAUUUGACGACCCCCUGGGCCCUGGCCUGGUCCCUGGGUAGACCAGUAGACAUCUACCUCCAACUGGUGAGUUUAGCUUGGUCGUUUGGCAAUCACAGCCAGUUUGACUACGGAUGUUGAGUUGGCAGUUUUGCUUUUGCUUCAAAGUAAAAAUAGUUCACUGAGGUCCCUGCAGUCUAUGUAACUUUGUUACUCUGAAGUACAGACCCAGCCACGGUUCGGGUUGGCAAUGGCGGCAGCACCCCGUCGGCUGCCAAAGCCCUUUUCGAGCCUCGCGCUGCAUCUUGGAAUCAUCAUCAUCGUGCUCACAAUGCUCCUGCUUACUCAGAGCUGUGUUCAUGUCCAUGCGGAUAGCAGCACUGCCAGCAGCACUGCCAGCAGCAGCAGCAGCACUAGUACUAGCCAUAGAAAUCAUAACAGCAAAAAAGUUCCGCAUAAGGCAAGUGUACAAUAUGUAGUUGCCACCUCUGGAGCAGAGCACACGCCUCAAACAUCUGGAGCAGAGGACACCUCUCGAACAUCUGGAGCAGAGCAGAUGUCUCAGACAUCUGGAGCAGAGGGUACGUCCCAAACUGCAUCUAGCAACACCAGCAGCACUCAUGCUGAAAUAAGUGAGGAGGCUAGAGAACGCAUCAGCAAGAUGACGGAUGAGUACGAAGUAGUGCAUGUGGACAUGGCACAGCACCUCCGUGCCGUUGAGCAUGCCAGCAAUCGUCGCCGCAGGCGAGAUGCCACAGCACAGGGACAACAUGAUGAUCAGUCUAGCAGUGAGCAUGUCCACCAUCCGCCAACCAGUAGCUUCCAAAUACGCGCGUUUGGAAAGACGGUGACGCUAGACUUGAAGCAGAACGCUGAGCUAAUCCCUGCCUCCUUUAGAUACUUCACGUUCAAUUCAGCCGUCGAUGAGCGUCCCCUUAUUACUCACGGAGCAGUCAAUUGCUAUUAUCAUGGUACAGUGCGAGGCUUGGAGGACAUCGGUCAUGCUCAGUCGACCGUUCACGAACACGAGCGACAGCAGCAGCGCACUAGUGCCGGUGUCGGUGGAGAGAGCAGCGGCGCUGCUGUGACAUCUACAUACGCCGUUAUGAGCACAUGCAACGGCUUGAGCGGAUCAUUUGGCUUUGAUCAGUAUACGGGCGGUGAAGAAGAGGAUCCAGCCACAGCUAGCAGUAGCAGCAGCAGCAGCAAUAAUGAGCAGGGUAAAGCAUACUCGGGGAGAUAUAUGAUCGAGCCGCUGGUCAGCCAGACAACUAAGCCCGGUACUUAUCCGCACGCCGUCUUCAAAGAACCCGCACACAAGACGAGCAGAGAAGACCCAUUGACCGAAGGCGGGUGUGCAACACUGCACCGGCGGAAUGAAUCGGCUGCAAAGAACACCGGCAAACCAACUACAGGCGAGAAGCGGCGGUGGGAUUUUCACGACGAAGACGGGGGGCUGGCUGGUUCAGCUUCAGCAGUCAAGCGUGGGAAGAGAAAUGGCGGUACCGGAGGAGCACGAGAGCCGCCACUGUAUGUGGAGAUUGCUGUGGUCUCAGACUACUCAUUCACCAAGCCGCGGGGUGGUCUUAAUAUCACCGACACCGACAAGCUGGUGCACGAGAUACUGAUAACCGUAAGCCACGCCGAUUGGUAUUUCCAGAAAAUCAAUGUCCGCCUUGUCCUGGCCACUGCGUUCGUAUUCAAAGCGCCCAUUGCCUCUCUCUUCUUGCGUAAGGAUCCAACGGGCUAUAACACGUUGAAGCCUGUAGAGGCCUUGGACAAGAACAUAUUACAGCAUCUUGCACAUUACGAUGCUGUUCAUUUGUUCACCGCCGAAUUGAAGGGAUCUGUUGGCACCGCGACCCUUUCUUCAAUGUGCCAUAAGCGCUGGCGGGCAGUUGGGGCAGUAAAACUCCAAUACCCUACUCAGGGCAUCCUCCCAAAUGUGUUUGUUCAUGAAAUUGGGCACAACAUUGGUUUUGAACAUGUAGAGUCUACCUGUAGGUGCGAUGGGGAAGCGUGCAAGUACAAUGCGAUCAUGAAGUGGCAUGGUGGUGGUGAGUGGAGCGACUGCACGAAGGCGAGACUUCAAUCGCUGCGCUUCCAGGGCCGGCUCAAUUGCCUGCUGAACAAGCCGGAGGCGGCGCUGUCGAGACCCGUGUGUGGCAACGGCGUCGUGGAGAGAGACGAGGACUGCGACUGCGGGCCACAGGAGUACUGCAAGGAUCACUGCUGCGACGCCGGAACGUGUCGUUUCAAGCCGUUCGCCCAGUGCAGCGCGGCCCACGCCUGCUGCGACGGCAACUGCACUCUGCUGAAGGUCGGCACUGUCUGCCGAGCGGCGGUCGAAUUCUGCGACCUGCCCGACUUCUGCGACGGCGCGAAUGUCACGUGUCCCAGAGACGACGUGAGGCAGUCUGGAUUGCCGUGCGUGGCAGCCGAAGCACCUGGCACAUGCCACGAGGGUUUCUGCAGGAGUGCAGAGCGCAAGUGCAAGGCCGUCGUGAACGCCACUACGUUCCCAUCAGACGAUUGCAACACGCUGAAUACCCAUGGCUUCCAUUACGGCCAUUGCCGUAUGUUUGAAGGUGAGGGUACCGGUGUAGAGAGGUACACGUUUGCUGCCUGCAAGCCAAAGGAUGCUGGCUGCGGAGUUCUUUUGUGUCUUUAUCCUACGGACAAUCGCACGUGCCACAAUCGUUACGUCCCACCACGCCUUGACGGCAUUGAUCUAUACUACGUUGACGACGGUAGCCCGUGCGGGCCCGAUCUUCUCUGCUGGAACAGGUCGUGUGUGAACGCGUCGGCGUUGCGCGCCAACCUCUUGCAGUGCCCGCAGGCCAACGGCGCCGGCUGCUCGGGACACGGCGCAUGCACGUCAGAGAACGUGUGCCGCUGUGACCUGGGCCGGUACGGCACAAACUGCGAGCACUCCGUCAAGAAACCUACCAUUCCUAAUGCCGUCAAGAAACCUACCAUUCCUAAUGCCGUCACCACACCGACAAAGUCUGAGGAUACGUCCACACCAGUGAGAGGUUCAGCUCCCCACAGAGUGUGCACUCCCGGGAACGGCUGUCGCUGCAACCCCGGCUGGUCUGGCGCACGCUGCGAGCACUUCAACGUCAACAACGGUCCCGUGUCGGGCGCCGGCGGCUUGUCAGGCGGCGGCGUUGCUGGUCUCGUCAUUGGGCUCUUGCUGGGAAUGCUGCUCUGCGCCGCCAUUGCCACUGUCGUUCUUAAGCGCAAAGCCGGAGGGGAUGUCGCCGGUAUUCAGUCUUCCCUGCGCCGCUUUUCUUCGCAUCCCUUUCUCAGCGUUUCAAGCUACAUACAGCGUGCUAGCGUAACAUCUGAUGACGUGGCUAAUCAAACUGCAGCGUCCAAUGCAGAUUUGGCUGGCAAGGCGGAGCCUAGACAAGUAACAGGACCUGCCGAGUUGGUUAUCGAGUCUCUGGUAAACACUGCAAACACUGUUGUCCAUUACUGCAAGAGACAAUUCGGUCUUGACCAACCACCAUCUCAGCCCCAGCCGGCCCCAGCUCAGCCAACACGGCCAGCCCCAGCUCGACCUAAUCAAUCUCCACCGCGACCCGCUCAACCUCCAUCGCGCCAACCUCCACCGCGACCUAAUCAUCCUCCCUCACGACCUAAUCAACCUCCAUCACAGCACAAUCAAACUCCAACUGAACCUGAACAAUCGGACUUGCACCAUCAAGCUGUUCAGUGUCCAGAUCUGCUUGUCUCGCCCAGCCCUAGUAUUCUCCUCAUCUCUAGUCCAAUGGGUAGUGUUCAAAUAGAUAUCGAUGAUGUAGCUGCCAACUGUUGAUUGCAGCCUGUCUCAUGCCCCUGCUGUCUAGUACCCCUCAUUACCAACAAUUCAAAGUUUGCUUCUCUUUCAGUUCCUCGCCCUCUGUCGAUCUGUGUGUGUGUGUGUGCGUGUGUGUGUGUGUGUGCGUGUGUAGUGUCUAUGUAGUGUGUGUGUGUGUGUGUGUGUGUGUGUGCGUGUGUGUGUGUGUGCGUGUGUAGUGUCUAUGUAGUGUGUGUGUGUAUGUGUGUGUGUGUGUGCGCGCGUAUGUGCGUGUGUGUGUAUUGUGUGUAGUGUGUGCGUGCGCGCGUGUGUGUAGUGUGUGUGUGUGUGUGUGCGUGUCAGCACCCCCCCCCCCCC